AAAAAGACAAAUGGGAGAAUCAAUCAAUAUAUGGAUUGGGAGUUACAUGGUGUUCCACAACCUCGUCAUCUGCAAAAAGAAGAGAAGCCUUUACUUGCUUGACCGGGCGACCGAUCGAACGCUGCGGCAAGUUUUUGUCUGCUCACGCAUCACCACAACCACCACCACAACCACCACCACCAUCAUGUCACAGUCACCGUCAGCGCCUGCGCGAACUAGUCUUCGCGAUCAUCAUUCUCCUCCUCUCGCUAUGUUAUUUGGCCCGGAUAUUGCUUUUUUCUUUUCUCUCUGUGUUUUACUUCGCUAUUUGCUGCUGCUACUGCUACUGCUUUAUAUGUUGCUCCAUUGGGACACUAGUUGACGCAAUAUGUGUCUGUAUUAGGAAAAUGUUCAUAGGUGGUUUGAAUUGGGAAACAACGGAUGAUUCUCUAAAGGAAUAUUUCAGCCAGUUCGGAGAGGUCACGGAAUGCACCGUCAUGCGUGACGGCCCGACGGGAAGGUCCCGUGGAUUCGGAUUCCUGACUUUCAAGGACCCCAAGACGGUCAAUAUUGUGAUGGUCAAAGAGCACUAUCUGGACGGAAAGAUCAUUGAUCCCAAGCGUGCGAUCCCGAGGGAUGAACAGGAGAAGACUUCGAAAAUCUUUGUCGGUGGUGUCAGCCAGGAGGCCACGGAGUCGGAUUUCAGGGAAUACUUUCUCCAGUUCGGCCGCGUCCUGGAUGCUACCCUCAUGAUGGAUAAGGAUACCGGACGGCCGAGAGGCUUCGGAUUCGUCACGUUCGAUAGCGAGUCUGCUGUCGAGAAUGCUUUGAACUGUCCUACGUUGGCGAUUAUGGGCAAGCAGAUCGAGGUUAAGAAGGCGCAGCCGAGGGGCAAUACGAGAGGCGGACACAUGGACGAGAGGGAUGACCGCGGUGGUGGUGGCGGAUUCCGUGAUCGUGGAAACCGGGAUCGUUUCGACAACCGCGACGGCGGCAGCAACGGGAACUACAUGAACGGCUCGCAAGGCAGCAACGGCCCACAAGGCGGACCUCAGCAGCAGCAGCAGAGCGCGGCAUACAACGGUAUGACCCCGCAGAUGAUGGCACAGUACUGGCAGCAAAUGCAGCGCUACAUGGCCGCAAUGAGCCAGAUGGGUCGUGGCGGUCCCAUGCCCGUCGUCAAUCCCGCCAUGAUGCAACAGGCAAUGCAGAACAUGCCGCAGCAGAUGGCCGGUAUGAAUCCCGCCAUGAUGCAGCAGAUGCAGAUGCAGCAGGCGGCGAUGAUGCGCCAGCAGCACCAGCAGUCCCCGCCCAUCCAGUCCCCGCCGCAACAGAUGCCCUUGCAGAUGGCUCAGCAGCAGCAGCCGUACGGAAAUCAGAACCAGGGAUACCCGCAACAGCAACAGCAACAGCAUCAGCACCAGCAGCAACAGGGCGGUCAGGGUGGCGGUGGAUAUGAUCCCUCCCAGCAGCAGCAGCAGGCAGGCUUCAACAACCCCAAUGCGCGCUUCCAGAACCACCCGUCCCAGCGCGACUACCAACCCCCCCAGAACCAUCCUUCGUCUUGGGAUGGGAUGUACGACGACAUUCCGCCACAACAGGUAGUCCAGCAGGUUCACCAGCAACAAGCUGCCCAAGCUGCCGCGGCAGCCCAGCAGUCUUCCCGUGGUGGAACCCCCAACAGCCAGCAAUUCGGCCGUUUCGAAGGGCCCCCUCCCAACGCACCGACGGGUCCUAGAAAUACCAAGCCAGGCAGCAACUACCGCGGUGGCCGCGGCGGUAGCAGCGGCGGCAGCAGCGCAGGCGGCGGCAGCGGCAGUGCCGUCGGUAGUGGUGGUGCUGGUAGGGGCGCGGGCUACAACUCCGGUGUCCGUGGAGGUUUCCACCCCUACGCUAGGAACCAGGAGAGGUUCACUUAGUACCAGGACCUGGACGGCAACGGCGAGAUGAUCGGCUCGUGGUAGUGGUAGUGGUAGAUGAGGGUGCCAAAAAAGCCUCUCUACCCUUUUCUUUUUCUUUCUUUUCUUGUGUGGUGAUUUGAUAAAUGCUUUGUGUUUUGUUUGUGUGAAUGUCCGUCGAGGUGGAG